GCUGGCGGCGCUCACAACUGCAGGGUCCUCUUCUUCCUUACCACCAUGGCCUCUACUCCGCUCAAUCUGUUACCACAAAGCGAAGGGUGGCUUCCCAAAUGGCAGCUGUUCAUUGCUGUCGUAGCCGCUUUUAACACGGUGCAGAACUUCGCCACGUUGAAGUUUACCCGAAGAGUGUACUGCAAGAAACCAGCAGAGGUGACGCCACUCCAAGCACGGACAUUUGCGGUAUGGACCUUGCUGUCUGCCGUUGUGCGUUUCUACGCUGCGUACCAUAUACAUGACAAGUCUAUCUACGACAUAACUCUCAUUAGCUAUCUAAUUGCCUUUGGUCAUAUCACUUCGGAGCUAUUCAUCUUCGGGACGGGCGGAACCCAGUUCCCAUCCCUCAGUCCCUUAAUCGUCUCCUCCACAUCAAUGGUCUGGAUGCUCACCCAGUAUGAUUUCUACGUGAAGCCCUAGACUCUGUUCCUCGGUCUAUGACCAAAACUAUCAGAACACUAUCUUACGUCUGCUAUCUGUUAUGGUUCAGCUUGCUGUCAUCUAGAAUGGACUCUGUUUCUACGUCCUUGUUUAUAGUUGGACUUGCCUUCGUAGUUUCAGCUACAUCAAGAACGGCCUAUCAUUCCAAGCAUGUCUGACGGCAUAUCGUACAUUCCUCUGUCUCAGACUUCAUACUUGGUCAGUGGUUCGAUGUCUAUUCGCAACACUAAUUGCAUGGAACCGAGCAAUCAAGGAGGAACAUUUCGAUAUCAACGGAAGAUGAUACAAAUACACGUUGUCGAUUCUAUAACCGCGCAAAUGUCAUCUCAAGCAUGUUGUACUGGCCCACGUUCACGCCAUGUAACACGUCCCUAUAGCUCUCCCGCGAUGAUGCCACCAACGUGCUACAUGGCAUUGUUCAGUUCA